UUGUACCAGAGGUUUAUAUUAUUGUGUUUCUUAAGGCAGCAGGUGUCUGUUCCACAGUGCAGGAUUUAGCCGGAUAAAUGUGCUGAGUACAAGCUGAGUUUUCCUGCUUUGUGGGUUUUACUCAGUGCAGUUAUCCAGUUAACUCAGUAAUCUUGCUUUGUGGGGUUUUUCCCGGUACAGUUAUCUAGCUAACUCAGUAAUUCUGCUUUGUGGGGUUUUUCCCGGUACGGUUAUCCAGCUAACUCUGGCCUGAGGCCAGAGAGAAAGUCAUGAAGGACCAAAACACCUAGACCCACAAUCCUGCCAUCAAAUGUAGAUAAAUGCUGGUUCAAACCAGCUCGAUACCAGCCUGAUAUGGAUCAAACAAAUCUGCUUGCAUCUCCCGUCUCUGUAUCUCCCAGCGGCACAACAAGGUGUUGUCAAACCUGUUCCCUGUCUUACAUGGGCUGGUGUUCGAAAGAGAGGAGUCUUAUUUGUUUUCUUCAGAGAGAGAACUGAACACAGAUUGCGCCACUGGAGAAAAUCCAAAGGCAAACACAUCAACUUCUUUACAUCUGAGUGCUCAUUUUAUAUCAGCCGAUUUAAAAAAAGAACAACAUCUCAGGCAGAAUCAAGACUGACAAGACAUCACCAGAAGACAGGACUAAAUGGCGUCUGAGGGGUUCUUCCUGGAGGAUGAUGCAAAGGAAGGCAAAGUUCGGAAGGAGCAGAGACAAAAACAGGAGAUUACAAAAAUAAUCCAAGAUGUGACGGCAGAACUGGGCAAAAGGAAUUGGCAGGACCAGCAGACACUCCAGAUGAAGACCAGCCGAGACAACAAACCCCCACAACUGGGCGGAGAGAAGGUCUUUCAGAACAGAAUCUCAGACUUCCGUUUCCGGAUGAGGACCAGCAUUGAUCUUUACCCACCCAGCAUAGGUGGCAGCACUGGCCACAUGCAGACAGAGAAGAGUGCAGACAGGCUGCAUGCCCUGAGGAGGAUGUCUUGGCCGUUCUCCAUCUCUUCAGCCACCUCAGUGGGCGGAGGGAAGGUCUCUCAGAACAGCAGCUCAGACUUCCGUUUCCGGGUGAGGACCAGCAUUGAUCUUUACCCACCCAGCAGUGGCAGCACUGGGCACAGGCAGACAGAGAACAGUACAGACAGGCAGCAUGCCCUGAGGAGGAGGAAGAUGUGGUCGCCCUUCAUCUCUUCAGCCACAUCGAUUGGACAAGAUUCUGGAAUUCAUUCCAGAUUGGGUUCCUUCAGCACCUCCGAGUGCCAGGCUGAGAGAGACGCAUCACUUCCUCCCGGGACAGGAAGCAGGAAGCCAAGGCGGGACACCUGGCACACGCCUCUCUCCAAAGGGGCGGGGCAGCUGGGGCAGUGCUUCUCAUUCUGCCCUUUAGGUAGCCUGGUGGCUAGCUUAGCUUGCUAGCCACCUGGAUGAGCUGUAGCUCCCUGCAGCAGGCCUUGGUGCACUGAUGGAGACCAUGGGACUGUGCAACCCCUGGUUCUGUGGACCAGACUGCAGGAGGGACUAUGGGGUUCUGUAUCUGCGGACAUUUUAAAAAUAAUCCCAAAACUUGCAUUAUCACUGGCUCACCUUUCAACUGACUUACAGUUACAGUGAGAAAAUUGAUAGCAUGCCUGUUGUUUAUUAUUUGCUUGUUUUUAUGACAUCAUAUUAUUUAUUUUAUUUAUUAUUCUUGUUAUAAGUCUAUGAACAGUCUGAGUAGCCUUUGGAACAACUGAUUGCAUUAUGAACCUAAACACUGAUGGGUAUGAAUGUAUUUCUGGCCAUGAAUGCUUAUGAAUGCUCAAUGUUCAUGAAUUGCUGAUUGUAUUACAUUACAUUGUUGGCAUUUGGCAGAUGCUCUUAUCCAGAGCGAUGUACAGUUGAUUAGACUAAGCAGGCUGUGCAGAUCUUUUUGUGGUUAUCUCCGGGAUUAUAACCACCGACCUUGCGUGUCCCAGUCAUGUACCUUAACCACUACACUACAGGCCGCCCCACUACACUACAGGCCACCCAGUGAUUAUGUGAAAUCUAUGAUAAACCCAUAACAUGCCAGUGCUGGACUGGAGAGGAACAGGGGAUGGUGGGGGAGUGCGGGAUUUGUUGUAUACAAAAUAAAACAAACUUUAAAAAUGAAA